AGGGAAGACGCGGUGCCUUCAAGGACAUGAUGAGCGCCGUGAAGGGGGUGGCCUUCAAUUGGCGAGCCUUCAAGGUCCCAGCGGCUGUGCGCGCUCGCCUGAUUUCGGCCUUCUACAUGAUCCGUCUCCGGACGAAAGUUCGAAGCACCUCAGACCUUCUUAAGACGGUGAAGAUGGUCUUAGCCAAGCACCGGGAGCUCAAUGGUUUUCUCAGCUUCUUCGGGAGCUCGAUGAGCGGCGAGGAGUCCUUUAGCCGGCCGAAGACCAACGCUUCAUGGUGGAUCAUGCCUGAGAGCACCGUGCUCUACCUCAUGGGCCUCGCAGCGCAGAGUCUACAAGCGCGUCAGGUGUCCCCGUUCGAGGAUCACCCUUGCCACAAGGAUCUGCCGGGCAACUUCAUGUUCCUGAAGCCCCAGAUGGACUACAACGCGGUACUUGCGGAGGGCGCAACUUCGAUGGACCCGACGAGACGACUUGCGAUUGCGAACGGUUUCGCGGCGCGCAUGUACAAGCAGGACAACCAGGAGGGCAACAGCGGAGGACCCGGCUGA